UACAAACUAGGAAAGACCACUAGAAAGCUCUCUAAUUCCAUUUACACGAUUUUCCAAACCCAGAGUUUACGGGUUUUUCUUUUCUCAGGAGAAAAAACUUGCAGUUUACGUAUAUUCUUUCCUUUUUUUUCUAUAUACAUAUAAAGUUGGAAACCUUUCCUGCAAUUUCCAUUACUCCAGUAGAGAAUCAGAAAGCAAUUUCUCACUUUUACGUGUGAAAAUUCCCGUCUAUUUCUCUAUUUUCAGUUCUUCUACCUGCGUACUAAUCAUAUAAAUAUAACCCCACCUCGCAUUACCCAGCAACAACAUCAUCACCAUCAUCAUCAUCAUCAUCUUCUUCUUCUUCUUCUUCUUCUUCUUCUUAGAAAUAUCAGGCAAUGCAGCAUUUCCUUCACCAUAGAAAAAUCUAAAACACCAUCAAUAACCCAUAUUCAUAGUAAUGGAUCUUAUUAUCAGCCUCAUAGUCUUGCUGACAUUUUGUAGAGGCAUAUCUGGGGCUACAUUUACAUUAUUAAACAAGUGUGACUAUACAGUAUGGCCAGGAAUUCUCGCCAAUGCAGGUAGCUCCAAAUUAGAUAGCACAGGGUUCGAACUCGGGUCAGGCGGGUCUCGGACCCUCCAAGCCCCACCAAACUGGUCAGGAAGAUUCUGGGGCAGAACCGGUUGUACAUUCGACCCAAACACCGGUCAAGGAAGCUGCACCACCGGUGACUGCGGGUCCAACCAGGUCGAAUGCAACGGUGGAGGCCAAAAACCACCGGCAACUCUGGCGGAAUUCACAGUCGGGUCGGGUACCCAAGACUUCUACGACGUGAGUCUAGUUGACGGGUACAAUUUGCCUUUGAUUAUUGACCCGAGUGGCGGGUCGGGUAAUUGCUUGUCAGUCGGGUGUGUGACCGACUUGAACCGACAGUGCCCGAAUGAGUUACGGUUCGGGAACGGUUCGGCAUGUAAUAGUGCGUGUGGUGCUUUAGGGAGCGAUGAGUACUGCUGCCGUGGCGCGUAUGGUUCUCCGAACACUUGUAAGCCGUCGAGUUACUCGGAGAUGUUUAAAACGGCGUGUCCAAGAGCGUAUAGCUACGCUUAUGAUGAUGCCACCAGUACAUUUACAUGUACAUCAGCUGAUUAUACCAUUACAUUCUGCCCUUCAUCCACAAGUCAAAAAGCUGCAACAAAUACACCUCCCACAACCACAACAAGCACAACAAAUAGCUCUGGAACCGAGUCAGGGGAGGUGCCAAUGGAGACCAACAGCUCUUGGUUACCAAUCUUUGCUACUGGAGACUCAUCCAAGACCCUCUCUUCUUGUACUUUACUCAUUCUUACAUUGACUUCCUUUCUCUUCCUCUUCUUGCUUAACUCUUAGUCUCUCUCUCUCUCCAUAUAUAUUAUACAUAUUUUAGUCCUUAUUUUAGAUUUCCAGGCCACAUCCCACGUGCAUAGAUAUUUGAAAUUUUACGUAUCGCUUUAAUUGUUUCACUCUGAAUUUGUGCAAGGAUUUUUAAUUUCUGCCACAAAUUAGAAAGAAAGAGCUAAUUUUUUUAAGAAGAGAAUUUCAUUA